UGUUAAUUAUAAUGAACUCAGCUUCUAGCAAUUAAUUGCUUCAAAAACUUCAAAAUUUGUAUUCCACCUAAAAGAAAGCUAGUCAACACUCUCAAUCUCCAACUAAACCUAUUUCCGCUAAAUAAAUUAACCUAUUACUCUAAAAGUCAACACCAGUCCCCUACCUUCAAAUCAAACAAUAUGAUGUAGAAUAAUGGACUGAUCGUAUAGUUAAGUAAAUGGAUAAACACAAAUCAUUCACAUAGAAUGAUAAUCCUAUUGACUUUUAUCCUUAAAAACAUUUUCAUUCCAAUCCUCUUUUUCACUAAUCCUUUGUAACAUCCCUAAUUCAUAUAGAAAAAAAACUAAAAUUACUUUAAUAUGCCAAAGACCAUGAUCAAAAUACUUUUGCUUCUAUUAUUACUAAAAUUAAACUCUUUUGUCUUGAUAAUUCAAAUAUAUGCUUUGAUUUUUAUAGAUCCACCGAUCUUAUUCUACUCAAAUAUAUGAUUUAUCUCUUGAUCUUAGAAUUUAAUCAAGAUAUAAUCAAAAGUAAAUAAGAAUCAACUCAAGAAUAGACUUUGUAAUUUUAAAAUAUGGUUAAGGAUAUUGUUACGAUUGUUUAUGAAAUCAUAGAAGAAAUCAAAUCUAAAUAGAAUGUAACUACCUAAAUUGAUACUCUCAAUCAUUAAUUAACCCAAAUUUAAAAUUCCUUUAAACCUAAUGCAAAUAUUUGUUCCUUAAAAACUAUUAAUAAAUCUUCUCAUCAUCAUAGAUUUAAUAGUUGUAAUUUAGAAAAAAAUAAAUCAGCUCUUCAUUAAAAUAAAUAUGCAACUGAAAUCAAUUUAAGCUCUAAUCAACUCAAAAGUAAUCAUUAAUUAAAUAAUGGAUCAUAAACUAUUAUAAAACAUCAAAUUGAUGAAUUGGAAUAGAAAUCUAAGCUUAUCACAUAAUUAAAUGACUAAAUUUUGAAAUUAUAAAAUAAUAAUAAAAAAUAAAUUCUUUCAAUUUCAGAGUUAAAUGAUUUAAAUGUAUCCCUAAAAUCUUAAUUGGAAUCUAAAAUUGAAGAAGUAUUCAAAUUUUUUAUUUAAUUUUAAGCUUGAACAAUUAAAAAAUUCAUACGAACUAUUAAAAUCGAGUAAUCAAAUUUGUUUUGAAGAAAAAGAACAAUAUUUUAAUCUUUAUCAUGAAUUUGAAAUAGAAAAUAUUAAAAUUAAAUAAAAUCUUGAAAAAUAUAAAGUAAUUAUAUGUAUAAAAUAAGAUUGCUCAUGAUUAAAUUAAAGCUUAAUUUGAGAAGUAUCAAAAUGAAACUCAUUCUUAUUAUCAAGACUAAUGCAAUUAAUUGUAAUAAACAAAAGAUAAUGAAAUUAAAUUAAUGAAAGCUGAAUUAAAUGAAAAAUGUUCAAUAAUUGUAAAUAUAUUGUAAAUUCUUUAUCAUAGUCAUAAUUAUUAGGAGAUACACUAUUUUUUGGAAAGUAGUACAAAAGUAUUGUUGAUAAAAUACUAAAUACUACGAAAGAGGAUUUAGGAAAGGAGAUUAUAGAAAUAUAAAAGGAGUUAUUUGUUUCAGAAAAUACUCUGAAUGCUAAAUUAAAUGCAAUAUCUACUUAUUCGGAUAAUUUAAUGUAUGAAUGUGGAUAAGAAUUUCUUUAAUAGAGUUAAUUAUCUAAUUUGCUGGCAAAUAAAACGAUGUCAAAUAAGAGUGGUCAUAUAUAAAUUGGGAAAUAGAGUAGAGUUUUUGAUUUCCUAGGUGCUUAGAAAAAUUCAUUUGAAUUGAUGCAUAUGCUUUUGGUGCAAUGCUAAGUACUUGAAGAAUUUUUAUCAUGAUUAUAGAAAUAUGC